AUGGGAGUUCUAGAUGAAUAUUGGGUGGAAUUUACGGUUUACAAGAUGGAGGGCUUAGCGAAUACUUGGUGGAAACAUGUCAAGAGAAGAAUGGAUGUUACAGGACUGACCUGGGAGCAAUUUGAGACACUGUUCAAUGAGCAGUAUUUCCCUCAGAGUUAUAGGGAGGAAAAAGCGCUGGAAUAUAUGUCUCUGCUGCAAGGAGACAUGUCUAUAAGGGAAUAUGAGGCCAAGUUCAAUGACCUAUCCCGGUUUGCGCCAUCACUAGUGGAGUCUGAACCCAUGAGGUGUCUUAAGUUUGAGAAGGGUCUCAAGAAUUCAGUGAGGAGGUCAUUGGUGGCCUUAAGGAUUCGGAACUUCCGGGAUUUGGUAGCUGUUACUACGAGGGUGGAACAGGAUAACUUGGCCUAUCACCAAAGCAAAGAGGCAACUGGUCGAGUCUCUGUCUCUGGUAGACCUUAUGUCUCAGGUGGGCCACAGCGGAGCGGUAGGAGAAACCGCAACCAGGGGCAAACGGUUGGGGAGAUGGCAAGCGGUGGCAGUAGUUCGUCAGGGAGUGACAAAAAUGCUCCGUACGGGCCCAGGUGUCACCAUUGUGGGCAGGAACAAGAUUUAUAG